AUGAAAGUUAUCUUUUUCAGUGCAAUUCUUCUUUUGGUUGCUUUGUCCACAGUCUCUGCUAUCAAGGAGUCUGGUAAGUGCGAAUGUCAAUUCCACGAUGGUACCAUCAAGCAUAUCAAUGCCUACGAUAAACAAAGCUGUUUCGACAGAUGUACUUUAGUUGGUGCCCAAACUCGUCCAGCCUGUGAUGAGGUCAGCAACACCUGCCAAUGCUCAUUGAAGGUCACCGAGUGUGUCGAUGAGAACAAGGUUGGUCGUCACGGUGGUCACCACGGUGGUAUCCACGGAGGUUUCCACGGUCCAGUUUCCAUCUCCAUUGGUGGUUCAUCUGGUAGCGGUUCAUCAGGUAGCAGCGGUUCCUCAGGUAGCAGCGGUGGUUCAUCUGGAAGUGGUGGAUCCUCUGGUGGUGGUUCUGGUGGUGGUUCUGGUCUCCUCAAGACUCCAACCCAAGUCUGCCCAUGUAUCUCCCAAGUUUCAAGCUACAACUAUGAAAACUAA